CCCAAUCGUCCGAUGGAUGCGCAUCUCGGCCACCCGAAGAUCCAUCGCCUCCUCUAUGUCAGCUCCCCCGUGGGCCGGCCUGCUGCUGCAUGCAUCCAAUCGUCGGUCAACCUGGCCUGGACCUAACCGAAUAUGCGUGUCUCUCCGCUAGUAGGGGGCCGGCCUAAUAUCGCCUCCCAUGGGUCCCCUCUCCAAUCCCUGUGGGCGACUCGGCUCGGAACAGGGUGUUUCUUUAGUUUUGGCGGUUGAAACCGGCCAUGAUGGGUCUUGAGCCUUCUGGCAUCAGUCCAUGCCUUCCACCUACGUCGCGGUGGGUUCUUCUCCCCCCCGACUCUGCUCCAGCCGCUCCGGCGCGACCCCGGGUUGCAGCCCUUUAAAACCCCGUCUUUUCCCCGGUUUCUCCUGGUGUUUUCUUCCCCCCCCCCGUGUGCGGUGGUUCGUUCCUGUUUCUCCCUUUAUUCACUGUGCUACCGAGAGCGGAGCCCGAUUCCACCAUGGUUGUCGGCAAUAUCUACUUCAUCGCGGCCAUCGCCGUCAUUGGCGGUGGUCUUUUCGGGUUCGAUAUCUCGUCUAUGUCCGCGAUCAUCGACGAGGAGGCCUAUCUUUGCUACUUUAACCCAGGCCCUCAUGAGUAUAAUUCGGACGGGAGUGUAGUGUGCAAGGGUCCCAAUGCCAACGUGCAGGGUGGUAUCACAGCCUCCAUGGCUGCGGGCUCUUGGUUGGGCUCGUUGAUUUCCGGAUUCCUCUCAGAUAAGUAUGGGCGUAAGACUUCGAUUCAGAUUGGUUCGGUGAUUUGGUGUAUCGGCUCUAUCAUUGUCUGUGCUUCUCAGGACAUUCCCAUGCUGAUCGUCGGUCGUAUCAUCAACGGUCUCUGUGUGGGUAUCUGUUCUGCGCAGGUUCCAGUGUACAUCUCCGAGAUUUCCCCACCCACCAAGCGUGGUCGUCUUGUCGGUCUCCAGCAGUGGGCCUGCACUUGGGGUAUCUUGAUCAUGUUCUACAUUUCCUAUGGCUGCAGCUUCAUCAAGGGCACUGCCGCCUUCCGUAUCCCCUGGGGUCUGCAGAUGAUCCCUGCUAUCCUGCUCUUCCUGGGUCUGAUGCUUCUGCCCGAGUCCCCCCGUUGGCUGGCUCGCCAGGACCGCUGGGAGGAGUGCCAUGCCGUGCUGACCUUGGUCCACGGCAAGGGCGACCCCAACUCGCCGUUCGUGCUGCGCGAGUACGAAGAGAUCAAGUCCAUGUGCGAGUUCGAGCGUGACAACGCCGACGUGAGCUUCCUGGAGCUGUUCAAGCCCAACAUGAUCAACCGCACCCACGUGGGUGUCUUCACCCAGAUCUGGUCCCAGCUGACCGGCAUGAACGUGAUGAUGUACUACAUCACCUACGUCUUCGCCAUGGCCGGCCUGAAGGGCAACAACAACCUGAUCUCCUCCAGCAUUGAGUACGUGAUCAACGUGUUCAUGACCAUCCCCGCCCUGGUCUGGGGAGACCGCUGGGGCCGUCGCCCCACCUUCAUGAUCGGCUCUCUCUUCAUGGCGAUCUUCCUGUACGCCAACGCCGGUCUCAUGGCCACGUACGGCGAGCCGGCCCCCAAAGGCGGGCUGAACGGCGUGUCCGAAGAAUCGUGGAUCAUCUCCGGCCACGCCAGCAAGGCCGUCAUCGCGUGCACCUACCUGUUCGUCGCAUCAUACGCCAUUUCCUUCGGCCCCGCCAGCUGGGUCUACCCGCCCGAGCUCUUCCCCCUGCGUCUGCGCGGAAAGGCCGGCGCUCUCUGCACGUCGGCCAACUGGGCCUUCAACUUCGCCCUGAGCUACUUCGUGCCCCCCGCCUUCGUCAACAUCCAGUGGAAAGUCUACGUCCUGUUUGGAGUCUUCUGCACCGUCAUGUUCCUCCACAUCUUCUUCAUGUUCCCGGAGACGACGGGAAAGACCCUGGAGGAGGUCGAGGCCAUCUUCACGGACCCGAGCGGUAUCCCGUACAUUGGUGUCCCGGCCUGGAAGACCAAGAACGAGUACUCGCAUGCGACCCUGAUCGAGGAGGUCGGCUACGAUGAGGAGAAGAAGGGCGCCGUUGCCGAGGUUGUGCAUCAGGAGACGAUGGCGACGGGGGAGAAGAUGGUUUAA